AUGCUAACAAAUAUAGGCCAACGGACACUGGAACAAAGAUUAAAUGUUUCGGUAGGAAACGGAGACAAAACAAGACUAACUAUUGAAAAGCCAAUAAUACCUUGUUCACAAUACAACAUCACAAAACUUUGGCAAUCGAGAAAGGCAACAGGGUUUUUCUAUAAGGGGAAAUGGAACUUCAGAAAUUGUUUAGGUUUCCAGCAAACCCACGACGUCAACUGCUUAAAGGACAGUCGUUUAUACUUAAUGGGUGAUUCGACUUUAAGGGCAUGGUAUGCAAGUAUUAUCAAACGUUUUAAAUGUCUCCCAACAACAGAAAAAUGGCAGAAUGAAAAAUGGCACAAGAUGGCGGAGUGUUUAAAUAAGAAGCUUAGUUUUAAAGCAGGAUGGUACCCACAUGCGCAGCCAUUUUUUGUUGGCCAAGGUUGGGAUGAUGUUCGGUACACAUUAUAUUCAACGUCUCGGCGUAUAGACAAUAUACCACUAAAUGAACGAGCAAUAAUUGUUAUUCAACUAUAUUUGCAUUUUGUAGCAUUUCAUCAUAGUGUCUUUAAGGAAAGAAUGGCAAUAAUACGUCGAAGUAUAGAAAGACUCUUUUUAAAGAAUAAAAAAGCUAUUGUAAUGAUUAAAGGUCCACAUACAUUUACAAAUACACCAGCUGGAAGUGUAAGACUUAGUGAUUAUUUUGGUUUCGUAUAUAGCAAAAUCAUUUAUGAAGUAUUUGACGGUUUACUUGACCGGAUUGUUUUGCUAAAUAACAAAGACACUACCAUAGCGAGGCAUGAAAAAUGGAAUCAUCCGCCAGACGAUACUGUGAAUUAUAUGAUAGAUCAGAUGCUAGAUUAUACUUGUACAAAUUAAGUUAUAGAAAUGUUUUAGUCAUAUGAUUAUUAAUGAAAAUAACGUGUCUUUUGUCAUGAAAGUUGGUGUUUCUUUCAUAUAUCAAAUGCUAAGCUAUGUUUGUAACUUCAAGCAUCCUGCAUUAACUAACAGUUCUUACUUCUACAACGAAUGAUAAGUUCUUCUAAUGAAAGUAACGAUUAUUUUAUGAAUUACUUUAGUUGUUUUUAUGAAAGAUGUAAUUUUGUUAAUAAAUCAAAAUAAAAA